AUGCCUUCCGCUUUAAACCAGUCUUACGGUAACCCGCUAUCUCUGAAGGUCAUUGGCCACAAUGCAGGGACGUCCAUGGAUGGAGUCGACCUCGUUCAUGUUCACUUCACCCAGGAUGGCCCAACAACGCCGCUAAAGACGCAGCUUCUGCACUAUGGAGAAUACCCAAUGCCUAAAAAACUCAAGGCAAGAGUCAUGAGGCUCAUCAAGGAGAACACUACGACGCCCGAGGAAUUAGCCAUCGUCAACAUCCAGCUGGGUGAAGUCAUAAGCGACGCCGUCAAUUGGUUUGCGCAGAAGAACAAGUUCAGCUUGGCCACGGACGUCGACUUGAUCGGUGGCCAGGGCCAGACUAUCUGGCACUUACCGUUGCCGGAGCUCUUUGAAGGCAACCAAAGCCGAGCGCAUCUUGACAUGGCGGAAAUUGCCAUCAUAGCCGCUAGCACUGGCGUGACCUCGCUUGGUAAUUUCCGGGUGUCAGAUAUGGCUCUCGGUCGGCAGGGCUGCCCACUAUUCGCGGCUCUCGAUUCGCUCCUACUGAGCCACCCCACGCUCAAUCGCGCGGUGCAGAACAUCGGCGGCAUUGCAAACUUUUCUAUCUUACCCCGAGGUGCUGUCGAAGAGUGCUACGACUUCGAUACGGGACCUGGCAACGUCUUCAUCGAUGCGGCCGUGCGGUACUUCACCAGCGGGGAACAGGAAUAUGACAAGGACGGUGCAAUGGGCCAGAAGGGCAAAGUCGACCAGUCUGUUGUGGAUAAAGUGCUCCAGGGGCCAUACUUCGUGCAUGAUAUACCGAAGACUACAGGCCGAGAGACGUUCGGGGAUCGGAUGGCGGAAGAUAUCUGCGAUGAGAUGCUGAACCGUGGAGCUACACCGGAGGAUUGUGUUGCCACCAUUACUCGCAUCACAGCUAAGUCCCUGGCUGAUGCCUACGAACGCUGGGGUCCACCUGGGGGCGUAGACGAGAUCUACAUGGGCGGCGGUGGAUCGUUUAAUCCCAACAUCAUCAACUAUCUGAAGCAGCGCUUGCCCAACACCCGCAUUGUUCCCAUCUCUGAGAUUGGGAUUCCUAUCGGCGCCAAAGAAGCCCUCGGAUUUGCGCUACUAACGCUCGAGUGCUUCGUCGGACGACCCAUGAUUGUGCCCAAGAGGACCGAAUCGGACCGUCCAGGAGUAGUCGGCCAGAUCCAGCCGGGUCGGAACAUGCAUCGUAUCCGACAGCAUGUUGCUCAGGUGAGUUGA